AUGGUUGUCGUGACUAGUCUGCCUACACCACCGGCCACGUCUCAUCAUAGAGACAAGGAAACUUCCAGUUUUCCUGACUCUCGUGUCGCUUGGACUCUACAGAAUCAAUACCACAUUCUUACAAGUCCAAAGGGUUACUCUAUUCUCAAGAAAUCAGUGCCCAGGCUCCUCGCAGUAUUAGAGGAGGAACAACGGGAAGCAACUCCAGAACCAGAAGACCCCCUUGUAAAUCUGUCCUAUCUGACGCGCCCCGUCUCUCGAAUUCUCGCGCCCGAUACAUCCUUUACCGACCUCAUUGAUGCCUACGCUGCUCUUGCUGCCCGCAUUAGGUCAGCAGUGGCGGGUUCAACCGACGCGGACGCUUCCUGGCCUCUGUUUCAACCAAUUCGUAAGAACACGCAGUCCUUCACUGACGCGGUAUGCCGUGACCUCGGUAAAGCCCUUGUUGAGCCCAAGUCUCCUGAACUUGAAAGUGAGCCCGAGGAUUUCCCCUUCGCUUACGAGGAAGAGGAGGAAGAACUUCCCUCGCUCCUACCUUCUCCGAAGAAAAGUCCAAGGAAGAAAAAACGCGGUAUGUCGGCUGGGCAGGCAAAGCACGCGCGAGACCUCUGCACGACCUCCCACGCGGCGAUGAGGUUGCUUGGAGCGGUCUUCACCCUUCCUGCUGUCUAUCGUGUCUUCACAGACGCGCAAUUGUGCGAAAUGUUAACGGCUGUUCUUGCUAUUCCAAUGGCUGACGUGCUCCCAACUCCUAACGCUCGUAAAACCUGCGCACUGUCGAUAUGGCUUCUACAAGUUCAGCGCCUACCAGAAGAGGUCCUCGUACCAGCGAGGGACAGAAUUGCUUUUGCUCUGCGCCGAGGCGUGGAAGGCGAACUAGGCAAGGAAGGCAAAAAAGGUUCUGCUUGCGAUGGCCUAAAGGCUAUUCAUGAUCUUUCCGUAUAUCAACCCUCGACUUUCGUACCUGCGUUCACAGAGUUGCUCCCAUCUAUACUGGCGAACUUGCUCGCGCCGACUCUGCUUCUCCGCACUCAAGCUUGUCACGCCCUCGGAGGUUUCGCCCAAGCAUGCGUAUCUAUCCCGCAAUCGUCGUUGCACGUCCGCAUCUCCAAAGCAGUCGCUACGUUCCUUACAACACCUCCACGAUCACCCUCUCCGCGGAAGACUCCAACAAAGCCAUCGUUAGAUCCAAUUAUCGUUCGUACGCUCCGCACAACGCUGAACGCGCUAGAUCCCCAACAUUCAGCGCAAGGGCCUGUAUGGGCCCUCAGUGUCAUCGCCAGCUUCAUCGUUUUGUUGGGACCGGCAGUUUACCUGGACGUUAAGCUGACUCGUGUUAUCUCGGCGCUGCUUCAACUCGCAGUGCGCAAUAAGAAGAGCUCAGUACGAGGACUGGCUUGUAUUACCUGGCGUUGCGAUUCGAACAACAAGGACGUCGAGCUUCUUCGCGAGAACUACUGGAAGCUUCUCAAAUCCGUUACCGACAUGGGUGCCGGUGUCUCAACGGUUGCCGCUCUUCUGGGUGAUGAUGCUGAAGACGAGGAUCGCCUGCGGAAGGCCCUAACCCUAGUGAAGAACAUGAUCAAAAAGGGCGGUCAAACCUGUGGCGACGGAAUGGAGAUUGCGAGGAUCCUAGUGAGCUUCGAGAACACCGGAGAGAAUUGGUCCAUGAACAAGCUUCUUCCUCAUUCCCUUUUCUCGUCCAAUCCGGGGCUUCUUACAGCGGAAUACAAGACCUUGGCUAGCGCAGUGAGGCCAAUAAUGGAAGAAUGUCCUCAGAUGAAUGAUGUGCGGUCCUUGACGAGGGACGAGCUGUCUUGCUAUUGGGUGUUUGACGACCUCAUUUACAUCUGGAGAUCAGGGCUUUCGUGCCUUGAGCUGCCAGACGGUAGCGGAACACCGGGCGAUGUUUUGGCAAUUUGGGAAGGCCUGCUGAAGGCCAACGUGGCGGGCUUACAAGAUGAAAACAACGACGAUGGAACCAUCGACUUUGCGACCAAAGCUGCUGAAAUACUCGUCGACAUUCUUGGCGACUCUAAGCUAGACUUUUCGGCCAAGUAUGGACCUCCUCCAUCUCAGCAUGUUAGUCCUGUUGCCGGAGUCAGGGUUACCCCCAAGCGAAGCUCGCUGCCAUCCCGAUCCAAUGCUGCUCUUAAACUAGUCGUCGUCAGAGACUUGUGGGCCGUGCUACGAACCACAUUCCCCAACAAUCUGCUCCAUUCUGCUGGUACGAGCCUCCUCGCGUGUUUGAUCGAGGACGAAACCAAUCUCGUCUGGGAGACGGAUUCUCCAGACGAUGCUAGAAAACAAUGGGCUUACUUCUGCGCAGAAGUUCUGGUCGUCUGCGAAUUGGAUGAUCUGCGAGAAUUCUGGACGAGGAGAUCGAGCGCCAUGUCUAUGAUGUCCUAUGAGCCAGGAGUUCAAAGCCUCGUGUGGGGCUGCUUCGUUGAAAGGUGGACCGAGGAUACCGAGGGUUCUUGGGAAGGAGCCGCCUUAUUACUCGGUGUUCCUUUCGGAAAAUCGAACUCAUGGGAUAUGACAAACGACGAAUUCGAGACCUGGGAUAAUUUCCUCCAGCAUGCAGUCAAUAAGGCUCUCGAUUAUGGCAUCGAUGCUUCUGCCGUGCUCGAUCGCGUCGCAGAGAUUGUCUCUGAGAACCCAUGCCCUGCCUAUGCAUCGUCAACCCGCAUUGCUGAUCUAUUGCUCACACACCUCGACAUGGCUGACGUCCGCCAGCUACCCUCAUAUAUCUUCGACUUUGUCAACGACACUCUGCAGUCUACAUAUCCACCUGAGCCUCGCAACAAGGUUACGUCGAUCUGGAUGAUACGAUCGCUGAUCCGCGUUGAGCUUCGGCUGAACCUUUUGGAGACGCUUCAAGAUGGCAUCAGCCUUUGGAUAUCGGAUGAAUUCCACGUGUUCACCGAAGACGAAUACACGGGUGACUUGCUCCCUCUGUAUCAAACUUCUCUGGUUGGCAUACAAGAACUGCCGAGGAGUCUUUAUGUGCUCGAUACGCUAUCAGGGCUGAUCGAAUCUGUGUUCUUUGGUCGUUACGACAAGCCCUCGGUUGCCCAUGAAUCGACGACUUUUGCUGGCCACGAGGAGCCUGAAGAAGGGUGGCCCGAGAGAAUUCAAGCUUGCGUCAAGUGGUCUUCCCAACCACAUGUAGUGGAAGAUGUGUCUGCAGAAGUUUCCGAGACUGUUCUUCAGGUCGAAGAAUCCGAAUCAGGAUCUUCAUCUGAUAGUCUAGGCAGCGAUCAUCUCGAAUACCCCAGCUCUCAAACAACUCCCGAGCUUCAUUCGUCAUCCGACUCAGAACAAAAUGAUACCCCCUCAUCUGGCCAUCUCACUGAUGUCUGUUCACCAUUCGUCGGUCGACUUGGACCUGCUCUCUUCACCCCGUUGUCCAUGGAAGGUUUAGAUUCCGACUCUCCAUUGUUCCCUUCUGUACUCUAUCCAACGACGCCAACGCAACGUCAAAAUCGUGCUGCGACACCGCCGUGCCCCCACAAGCCCUCGACGACUCCAGAAUCAUUCCAUUCGCUCUUGCUUCGUUCACCCGCAUCAACAUUGCCAGUGACAUCGGUUCCUCCCUCGACCCCGCGGAGGUUACCAACCAAGUUAGAAAAGACGCCAUGCAGUGCGUCGCCGGGCAAGCGGCGGAUGCUCGAGGACAAGGAAAACAUGUCACCUGUUCGGUCUGUCAUCCAACGCAUCGCGAGCAGUUCCCCGAGCAAGGAAACCGUCUCCUCAUCUGUGCUUGGAAAACGACAGAUGCUCGACGAGCCUUGGGACCACGAUGUCACGAAGCAAGGAAGGAGGGCAUGUGGAACAUUCAUCCGUUCUUCUAUCGAGUUUCCAUCUGCGGACGGGGAUAGUGAUAUGGAAGACGAACAGGUUGUGGCGUGUCUUCUCUCCCCCAGUAGAUCGUCGGUGGCGAAUCUCGCCACAUCCCCAGUUAUCAGUGCCUGUAGGAAGCGGAAACGCGUACUCAUGGACGCCGUUGUUCUCCCUCCCCUUGAGGAAGUUCGUCUGCGGUGGCAGAUGCAGCGUCGAGCGAGCGCUGAGCAUUCAACUGUUAUGACUACACCUAGCAAAGGCAUGCGACGCACGCGUUCUAUGCCUUUACUCUUGGAUCCCGAAGUAGAUGGGUCCGAGGAUAGUCAGCGGAAGAGGGUGAAGCUCUGGGACGACUCGGAGUCCUCUGACUUGGAGGAACAAUUGUCUUCUUCGCCUCUGAGAGCUCUCGAAGAUAUGCAGAUGGCGGGCAGUGAUGAUUCCAUCAUGCUCACUGGGCCUACACGUCAACCAUCCGAAGGAUCGGAUGAUGAUCUUCAUGCCUCCGAGAUUCCCCAACACCUAGUAUCGCCUGCUCCGCGACGAAUGAUGCAUGACCUAUCCAGCGAUCCCAUGUCUUCGAGUCCAUCCAGAGAAGUGGUCGCCCGUCGCAAACAUCGCAUGGUUUCACUUUCUGAGAGACCGACUUUGUCAGUCUAA